AUGAAUUUCAACGACAUCUUGUUUCACCACCCUAUCAAUGUGCCAUUCCCACCUUCGCGGAAGAUCACCGUGUCGGAGGUGUUUGAUUCACGGACGGGCAGACCACGCCCGGAUGUCCUCAAGCAGCACUUUAUUCUCGAGGGAAGGAUCGACGAGGCCGCGGCGCUGCGCAUCAUUAACGAUGGCGCGGCCCUUCUUAGCUCCGAAAAGACGAUGAUCGACAUUGAGGCACCUGUUACCGUUUGUGGUGACAUUCAUGGUCAGUUUUACGAUUUAAUGAAAUUAUUCGAAGUGGGUGGCCCUCCUUCAUCUACGAAGUACCUCUUCCUUGGAGAUUACGUCGACCGAGGUUACUUCAGUAUUGAGUGCGUAUUGUACCUGUGGGCAUUGAAAUUAUGCCAUCCGACUAGUAAAAUUAAAUACUCAGAGAGAGUUUACGACGCGUGCAUGGACGCUUUCGACUGUUUGCCGCUCGCAGCUCUCAUGAACCAGCAGUUCCUCUGUGUGCACGGUGGCCUUUCGCCUGAAAUUCAUAAUUUAGAAGACAUACGCAAGCUCGAUAGGUUCAAGGAACCACCGGCUUUCGGUCCCAUGUGUGACCUUCUUUGGUCGGAUCCUCUUGAAGACUUCGGCAACGAGAAGAAUGCCGAACAUUUUUCCCACAAUAGUGUCCGAGGUUGCUCAUACUUCUACAGUUAUGCGGCCUGCUGCGACUUCCUUCAAAACAACAAUCUGUUGAGUAUCAUAAGGGCACACGAGGCACAGGACGCUGGAUAUCGUAUGUACCGCAAGUCACAGACGACAGGUUUCCCAUCACUGAUAACAAUCUUCAGUGCUCCCAAUUAUCUCGAUGUCUACAAUAACAAGGCGGCUGUGCUCAAGUACGAGAACAAUGUGAUGAACAUUCGACAGUUCAACUGCUCGCCACAUCCGUAUUGGCUACCCAAUUUCAUGGACGUUUUCACGUGGUCGUUGCCUUUUGUUGGUGAAAAAGUUACGGAAAUGUUGGUAAACGUCCUAAACAUUUGCUCGGACGACGAACUUAUGAGCGACGGAGACGAUGCCCUCGAAGAAGGUAUAGCAGCCAAUCUACGCAAGGAAGUUAUUCGCAACAAGAUCAGAGCAAUCGGCAAAAUGGCACGCGUCUUCUCUGUUCUCAGAGAGGAAAGCGAGAGCGUACUGCAGCUCAAGGGAUUGACGCCGACCGGUGCUCUGCCACUGGGUGCACUUUCAGGUGGAAAAACGUCGUUAAAGAACGCACUGCAGGGCUUCUCGCCGAACCACAAGAUCACGUCGUUCGCCGAGGCGAAGGGUCUCGACGCGAUAAACGAGAGGAUGCCUCCGCGGAAGGAUGCGCCGCCGACGCCGGUUAACGAGGAGAAGCCGGCGACGGUCAUUAAGACGCCGACGACUCCGGGUGCCACCGACAAGCACUGUACAUCGCACUGCACGUCGCAGCCGCACUCGUGAGCCUCGCACUCGUCUUAAUGAAG